UGCUGUUGUUUUGGGUUUUGCAGUUGUCUUUGGUUUCGCCGUAGUCUUAGGUUUGGCCGUUGUUUUGGGUUUCGCUGUUGUUUUGGGUUUCGCUGUUGUUUUGGGUUUCGCUGUUGUUUUGGGUUUUGCCGUAGUUUUUGGUUUAACCGUAGUUUUUGGUUUAGCCGUUGUCUUAGGUUUUGCAGUUGUUUUCGGUUUGGCUGUGGUAGCUUUGGGUGGGUUUGUAAUCGUUAUGGUAAUUGUGGGUGGCUUAACAGGGUUGGCUGUUUCAGGCUUUACUGUUGUUACUACAGGUUUAGCUGUUGUUGCUACAGGUUUGGCUGUUGUUGCUGCUGGUUUGGUUGUUGUCUUGGCUGUUGUUGCUGCAGGUUUUACUGUUGUUGCUGCAGGCUUGGCUGUGGUUACUGCAGGUUUUGCAGUUGCUACUGCAGGCUUGGCUGUUGUUGCUGCAGGUUUUGCAGUGGUUGCUGCAGGUUUUGCAGUUGUUGCUGGUUUAGUUGUUGUUUUAGGUUUUGCUGUUGUUGCUGGAGGCUUCACAUUAAUUUCAAUAUGUAUAGUGCCAGAACCAGUAUUAGUUCCAGUUUCUCCUUCGCCAUUUGUUACCUCUUCACCAGUUACUGCUUCUUCGCCAGUUUCUUCUUCACCAGUUCCUUCCUCGCCUGUCUCUUCUUCAACUGCUUCUUCCUCACCUGCCUCUUCUUCGCCGUUUUCUUCUUCGCCGGUUUCUUCUUCGCCGUUUUCUUCUUCCCCGGUUUCUUCUUCGCCGGUUUCUUCUUCACCUUGUCCUUCCUCGCCAGUCUCUUCCUCACCUGUUUCUUCUUCGCCGGUUUCUUCUUCACCAGCUCCCUCCUCACCUGUCUCUUCCUCACCUGUUUCUUCUUCGCCGGUUUCUUCUUCACCAGCUCCUUCCUCGCCUGUCUCUUCCUCGCCUGUCUCUUCCUCGCCUGUCUCUUCCUCGCCUGUUCCUUCCUCGCCAGUUUCUUCUUCACCAGCUUCUUCUUCUCCUGUCUCUUCUUCACCCGUUCCAUCCUCGCCGGUUUCCUCUUCUCCAGCCCCUUCCUCAACGGUUUCCUCCUCACCAGUUCCCUCUUCACCGGGUUCUCCUUCUUGGGCCGUUUCUUCUCCUCCAGCUUCCUCUUCUCCAGUUUCCUCCUCAUUGGUUCCUUCUUCACUAGUUACAUCCUCACCGGUUCCUUCUUCACCAGUUCCUUCUUCACCGGUUCCCUCUUCGACAGUUUCUUCCUCACCAGUUUCUUCUCCUUCGCCAGUUUCGCCACCUGAUUCUGAUCCAUGUUCUCCUCCGAUUGUAAUUUCAAUAUGAAUUCCACCACUGCCGCCGGAAGUUUGACCUUCUUCGCCUGCGGCUUCUUCGCCUGCGGCUUCUUCGCCUGCGGCUUCUUCGCCUGCGGCUUCUUCGCCUGCGGCUUCUUCGCCUGCGGCUUCUUCGCCUGCGGCUUC